AUGAUUGCAGAAACAGUUUCUCUGGGAAUUCUAUCCUUACCAGCUGUUCUCGCCGCAAUAGGGAUAGUUCCUGCUGUUAUACUUAUUAUUGGGCUUGGCGCCAUUGCCACCUACACAGGGUAUAGUAUUGGACAGUUCAAAUGGCGAUAUCCCCAUGUCCAUAGUAUGGGCGACGCAGGCGGUGUCAUGGCCGGGGUAUUUGGGCGUGAGCUGCUGGGCACUGGCCAAUUACUCAUCCUAAUCUUCAUCAUGGCCAGCCAUAUACUCACAUUUACGGUGGCCAUGAAUACAAUAACCGAGCAUGGGACAUGCACAAUCGUGUUCGGUGUCAUUGGUCUGGUAAUCUCCUUCUUGUGUUGCUUGCCUCGUACGUCUGGAAAUAUGGCAUACCUUUCGGUUGCCUCAUUUAUCAGCAUCUUUAUCGCCGUCAUGAUCGCGAUGAUUGGAGUUGGAAUUGAGCGACCUGGUAACCAACAUGUGGAUGCAACGAUUCAGACUGACCUGUAUCACGCAUUUUUAGCUGUGUGCAAUAUUGUGUUCGCAUAUGCGGCGCAUGCGGCCUUCUUUGGCUUUAUGUCUGAAAUGAAGGAUCCCAAGGAGUUCCCCAAAUCUCUUUUAUUACUGCAGGCCGUAGAAAUCUCCCUCUAUGUCAUUACUGCAAUUGUUAUCUAUCGAUAUGCCGGUUCCGAUGUCACAUCUCCGGCCCUUGGUUCUGCUAGUCCGGUCGUGCGCAAAGUGGCCUACGGUAUUGCGCUUCCAACCAUUAUUAUUGCAGGCGUGGUCAAUGGCCACGUCGCUAUGAAAUAUGUAUAUGUUCGCAUAUUCCGAAAUAGUGAUCGAAUGCAUAAACGGGAUUUCGUCGCUGUUGGUUCAUGGAUUGUCAUUGGCGCAGUCCUAUGGAUAAUUGCUUGGGUGAUUGCAUCGGCCAUUCCUGUUUUCCAAAACCUCCUUAGCUUAGUGGCGGCAUUGCUAUCAAGUUGGCUUAGUUUCGGGAUGGGUCCCAUCUUCUGGCUGUAUCUUAAUAGAGGCCAAUACCUCUCGUCGGUGACAAGAGGGAUGCUGACAAUUCUUAAUAUUGUACUUAUUGGCAUAGCUGCAACCAUAUGCGGACUCGGACUCGUGAUUCUCAAAUCACUGAAUAUCUUUUCUAACAAGUUUCCUGAAUUGGGAAUACUCCAUGUGCCAACCUUUACGCGAGAGUUUCAGACCACACAGUCUAAAGAAAUCAAGACCUUGCUUGGCGCAAUCUUAGUAGUAACAAAGCUGCAAGGACGGCUGGUUAAUCCUGCAUGGGAUGACGAUUUGUUGUCCACUGAUCAAUAUGCUUUCUAUACUAGGGAAAUGCUUUCCCAACUAAUGCUUGAGCCUCCAAAAAUCCAGGUCGUACAGGCACUCCUUAUUAUGACCCUGCAUGAAUGGGGAACUCGGAAUUUCCACAAAGCGUGGGUAUACUGUGGGAUUGCGAUACGGAUAAUGCAAGCUAUUCAUAGUUUGCGAGUGGCUCCAUAUCCGCUUGACACCUCACCAGUUACCGAAAAUGAUGUCGUGUCAUUCGCUAUUGAAAAUAGAUCCUUCUGGGCAUGUUUUAUCAUGGACCGUAUGGUUAGCUCAGGAACGUACAAUCCGCCUAUGCUUCCGAUAUCAGAAAUGGAAAAGUUAGGCAUCAUGCGACCACUAAGCACCGUCGAGUUCGCGUUUGGAGCAGACCUAGCCUCGAAACCCGUUGGAAUUGAGGAAAGCCUCAUGCGAUCAGAAAAACAAUCUACAGGGCUUUUAGACAUCACCCAAAGUUUUGAGAUACUGGUUUCUGGCUUCGAUAUAUGGGCUCAGGUGAUGACGUUUAUUUUCAACGAUGGACGUCGUGCUCCUGGAAUUACUCUCAUGCUUCACCGUGAAUAUUUCCCAUUCCUACCGACGUCAGAAUCGGCACCACGAGGCCCAAUUGACCACCCGAUGCUUGAAGCAGAAGCACCGGCCGGCUGGUGGGAGCAAAGUGCAGGGGAGCUGUUUGGCGCUGCAGAAAACAUUGCUUGCUUACUCCAUGAAGCUUCAGAAUGUGGUGUCAACUUGUAUACGCCAUUCAUCGGGUUCUGUGCCUUCUCGGCGGCCUACAUGAAUAUCUAUGUUUACUCUUUCCCACAAAUGAAUCUCAACCGCAGCUCAAGCUCACGAGCCGAACAGCUCUUGAAUUACUGUCUCACCUAUCUUGAAGAAUUUCGAAAAGUAUGGAAGCUUGGUGAUGCCUGGCUUACAACUAUUGAGCAUGGUUCUCUGCUGUAUCAGCGAGCUGUGUCUGACCGACGACGGUAUCAGGGGAAGUCAAGAGCUGAUUUUGACGUCCUCCAUCAAUCAAUUCAUGAGUUUCGUAUUGUCGACAGAUCGCGUCAAUAUAUCCAGGAGAUUGAAGGCGCUGAGCAAACGUCGGGACCUUCUAAAAGCAGCCCUCCCUCACACCCAAUGGAUUCUCGGAAUAACGAGAUUGAUAUUGACAUGCCACUUGGACAACUAUUGGUAGAGGCGAGCAGCUUUGCACACGAUCAAGGUGCUUGGUGCCACUGGUGGCCAUCACUUGAAGAGGUAGACCUGGCAUUGACAGCUGAAUGA